AUGCCGCUACCCAAUGGCAACUCCAUCAACACGGCCCCUUUGGACGAAGACGAGGACACUGAACCCCUCAUCGACAAUGACCCAAUUCCUCCUCAGUGCUGCUCGGCGCGCCUCAACCUGGCCUUCCUGAUGUUCUGCGGGUUCUCCGUGGUCUACGGGCUCCGUGUCAACCUCAGUGUUGCCAUGGUAGCCAUGGUGAAUACCACUGACCCCGAACCAGCUCUGAACAGCUCGGUGGUCUCUGCCUGUCCACUGCCACCCGGAGGGGACAACAGCAGCGACUCUUUGCAUCAACCUGGGAUCCCCCAGUACCCCUGGGACUCGGAGACUCAGGGCUGGCUGCUGGGGGCCUUCUUCUUCGGAUACCUGUGCACACAGAUCCCGGGGGGCUACCUGUCGGGUCACUAUGGGGGGAGUAUCUUCCUGGGUGUCGGGGUGCUGGUCACUGCCUUCCUCACGCUGCUCACCCCUCUGGCUGCUCAGAUGGGGUCCCACUGGCUGUUUGCACUACGAGCGCUGGAGGGCUUCGGGGAGGGAGUGACGUUCCCAGCCAUGAUGGCGAUGUGGGCUCGCUGGGCCCCCCCUCCGGAGCGCUCUCGCCUGAUGACCCUGUCGGGGUCUGGGGGAAACUUUGGGGCCUUUAUUGCUCUGCCUCUCACCGGCCUCAUCUCCCAAAGCUUAGGCUGGCCCGCUGUCUUCUACCUCUGUGGUGGUGCUGGUUGCCUCUGGGCAGUCGUCUGGUUUAUCUUCGUAUCUGAUGACCCUCGCACCCACCGUCGAAUCAGCAAGGAGGAGAGAGAUUACAUCAUAAAAUCCAUUGGAUCUCAGGGUACAGGUCAUGGCUGGUCCGUGCCCCUGCUGUCCAUGUCCAUGUCGGUCCCUCUGUGGGCCAUCAUCAUCACCCAGAUGUGUUCCAACUGGUCCUACUACACCCUGCUCACCUCCCUGCCCACCUACAUGGACAACGUCAUGCACUUUGACCUCAAAUCGAAUGGUUUCCUGUCCGCUCUGCCGUACCUCGGGGCCUGGCUGAUGUCGAUGCUGUCGGGCGUGGUGGCAGACAGCCUCAUCGAGAGGGAGGUGUUCAGCAUCACCGUCGUACGCAAGCUCUUCACACUAAUAGGUCUGAUGCUCCCGGCAGCUUUCCUCGUGGCUGUGAGUUUCGCCGGCUGCAACCAUAUCCUCGCCGUCACCUUCCUCACGCUCUCCACCACCCUUGGAGGCAUCACCGCCCCCGGGGUCUACAUCAACCAGAUAGACAUCGCUCCACGGUAUGCAGGAUUCCUUCUGGGAAUCAGCAACACUUUCGGGACCAUUCCUGGAGUCCUGGCCCCUAUUGUUACAGGAUACUUCACUGAGGGUCACACCAUGGCGGGCUGGAUGAAGGUGUUCUGGGUGGCAGCGGGGAUCAACGUGGGGGGGGCUCUCGUCUACACCAUAUUUGCCAGCGGGAAGAUCCAGCCGUGGGCCAAUACCGAGGACGAGAGAGCAGAGACCGAGAAAGAAAGGAGCAGGUCUAUCUCUACAUAAAACAUAAACACUCAGACCAAUACAAACAACAACACAAACAAAAGGGGCACACGCGGUACAGCUUUGAAAGACUGAUGGGUACAUUUCAACCCAGAAAAACAGAUAUAGAGUUCUACUCUCUCAAUGUAUAAAUUAUAUAAAUUAUAGGAAUAUAUGCAGUACUCAAUUCACAACUAUGAAGAAUGGAACGUUUACUGACAACAUUUAAUGGUUGUCCAGGAUAGUUUCAUGGAGAACUUUUAUCAAUACUAUUUUAGAACAUGUAUUCUCAGGUGAGCAUUUGAACUCAUUUGUACUAUAAACCCAGCAAAGACUAUAAUUAUUGUAAAGCAGUUUUAUACAUCAAAAUCUAAUUUUACGCACAUUUUUUAAGUAUGAUUUGCUGGAUAUUCACUGCCUUUACUAAUACAUUAGGAAUCAGGGAUACUUUUUCACUUGUCCUGUAUACUGUUGGAAAAACUCACAUGAGCAUUUAUAUUACAUGAACUGUACAGCACCUCAUAUGAGACCAAAACAAAUGUGGGUGAUCUUGCUGUGGGAUUUUAUAAGAUUUCUUUAGCUGUAAAUGAAAUGGGACCAUUUGUUUUAUGAAGCAACCAGACAUGACGAAAAAGGAUGAUUUUAAACCCUGUACCUUCAGCUGCUUUGUUCACAGCUGUGUCUGUUUUCUAACCCUUCAGACGGUCAAACGGAACAAAAGAAUCACUUUCCACACAGAAUAAUACACCAAAAGCCUUUUACUUGAUCUUUCUAGAGGUUUUUUAUAAUCCAAUUCAGAUUCCAGAAAGUGCCAAGAACUUUGACUUGCCGACAGAAUUAUGUUUCAUAGAAGAAUAUGUGGAUUUGCAGUGUUUUUAAUCUGUCAUCCUUUCUUUCACUCAUGCCAUUUGUUAAAAGUGCACUCUGAUUGUAAAAAUAUGAUGUUUUUAAACAGAUGCAAUAAUGUAUUUACCUUCUCUGUGUGUUGAAAAUGUGUGAGAUGUACAAAUAUGUUAAAUAUGUUUACUCAAUAUUUUAUUGGGUAAAUGAUCAAGUUUGUUUACAGAGCAAAACUAAACUCUGUGAAAUCUGA